ACGGCAACCCACACCAGAGCAAGUCCGGUCAGUCCCGACUUGAAUCCUCCAACAAACCCCGGCCCUUCGCUCGUGUGAGACAUUGUUGUGCGGGUGCCGCGGUAGUUCGUGCGACCACUCUCCUUUGCUAUCUCUGCGCUCCUUUUGCUUUCUAUUCCUUUACGAAGUCAGUUAUAACCCAUCGACUUGUUGCCCAGCAUCACCUGAAUUUGUCCCGCUUGGUUUCGGCAUCCUCGGUUUUAUUUCGCCCGGAAAUGCGACAACCGUCAAGGCCGUCUCCGUCCGCCGGCCCGCGCUCGUUCGUUCCUUCGCGGGGUUGAUUCCACGCCUCCACGAUAAGAUAACAAUACCGAACUCGAUUUACGACCCGUAUACCAUAUACUCUCCGGCUGCCUGGUGCUAUAAGUCGGAAGGGGCUACAAGUUGGGGUUGAACCACGCCAGCCAACGGAGAUACCACACCAUGGCGCCCAUCGAACCGCUGCUCCCGGGGGAGCUAGCGCCGGAGCAGAAACAGACAGACGAGGUCAUACAGCACUCUACCAAUACACACCCUUCUUCGUCCCGGCGCAGGUCGCACUCAGUCACAGCAAGCAUGCUGUCCGCAGCAGACUUCGAACCACCACUCUCCCGCUCCCCGUCCACAGCAGCCAUGACUUCCGACUCGAGGACAACAGGAACAAACACAUCACGAGGCAGCAACAUACGCGAGAAGCUCGGCCUCGGCGGUGUCGCCCGGCGCACCCUCGGGAUAGGGCUGCUGCUAGUUGUCGUGUUUCUAUGGACCACGUCCAACUUCCUGGCGAGCUACAUCUUCUCCGACGGCACCUACAACAAGCCCUUCUUCCUCGUCUACGUCAACACCUCCUGCUUCGCCUUCUCCCUCAUCCCGCUCACCAUCCGCUACGUCAUGCAAAACGGCAUCGACGCUCUCUUCGCCGGCGCCCUGCAAUUGUGGCGGGAGAGGAGGCUGGGCUUCACACUGCUGCGGGGGAGUGCGCGGGACGAAGAGGGGGACAGGGGUGGCCGUUUUGGUGGCGAUGGCGAUGACGAUGCGGGGGAGAGGCUGCUGGUGGAUGACGAGGGGAGCCUGGAGGCGCUGGACCUGCUGCCGGCGAAGGAUGACAAGCUGAGCUUGGGCGAGACGGCGCGGUUGAGCCUGGAGUUCUCGAUGCUGUGGUUCGGGGCGAACUACUUUGCCUCGGCGUGCCUGGAGUACACCAGCGUGGGGAGCGUGACCAUCUUGACGUCCACGAGCAGUAUUUGGACGUUGAUCUUCUGCGCGGUUACCAAAGUGGAGGGCUUUACCGUGCGGAAGCUGGUCGGCGUGCUGGCGUCGCUGGUGGGCGUGGUGCUCAUUUCGUCGGUGGACUUGUCUGGGGCGAACGACGACAACAGGGGGAGUUUCCCCCACAAGACGACGGCGCAGAUCGCCAUUGGGGAUGCCAUGGCGUUUUUCAGCGCCAUCAUCUACGGUGUUUAUGUCACUGUGAUGAAACGGAGGGUUGGGAACGAGGAUCGCGUGAAUAUGCCGCUGUUCUUUGGGCUGGUCGGCCUGUUCAACGUGCUGCUUCUCUGGCCAGGCUUCUUCAUCCUGCACUACACCGGCAUUGAGCCGUUCGAACUACCACCCACCGCGAGUGUAUGGACCAUUAUCGCGGUCAAUUCUGCCGCGUCCUUCUUCAGUGAUAUCCUUUGGGCAUAUGCUAUGCUGCUCACGACGCCGCUUGUCGUCACGGUCGGCUUGUCCCUGAACAUUCCCCUCUCGCUCAUCGGCGAGAUGAUUCAAUACUCUCAGUAUUCGAGCUGGCUAUACUGGGUGGGAGCUGGAGUCGUAUUUAUAUCGUUCUUGUUUGUCAACAACGAGAGCCACGAAGAUGGCGCAGACGGGAAAAAUGACCCGGCUCCGGGAGUCGAGAGGUCAGCCGUAUAACAUUUAGAUCCCCGGUAUUUGUUAGAAGACACGUAGAGUUCUUCGUAUGCUAGCAUUCUAGAGCAUAGAUGAUGAUUCAGGAUACCCAUCGCAGGUUGCCCCUGAUGGUCGGGUCUACCAGUUCGUAAUCGAAUCGGCAUUGUCCCAGCUUGGAGCACAGGACGAGGAUACGGGGGCUUGCAACGCUACUAGCGCUCUUGUGCUGUGCACGAAGUUGUGCCUCUUGAUACAAAUUAAACCCAGACUAUUAGGGCUUUCUCACGGUC